AGUCAUCGACAAAGACGGCAGCGGCGGCGGCGGCGAUCAUCACAUGAUUUUUGACGUCGCAGCGCUGCUGCACCGUUCGUUUCGAACAUGGCCGCGGCGGAGUGCAAGGCGACGGAGAGCACCUCCUCGGUGGACCUGUUUGAAACGGUGCUGUCGGAUGAGACCAUCAACGCGAUCCAGAGGGAUGACGAAGCCUCCGGCAUUCCGUUGCAGACACCAUGGACCUUCUGGCUCGACAAAGCCAUCCCUGGUACAACCACCGAGGAAUACAAAAAUAACCUGCAGAAAAUCUAUACCGUAAACACCGUUCAAACUUUUUGGGCAGUCUUCAAUAACAUACCAAAUGCCGGGGACAUGCAGGUUAGAUAUAGUUACCAUUUAAUGAGAGAUGACAGAUAUCCUUUGUGGGAAGAUAAACUAAAUCAAAAGGGCGGUACCUGGAGAUUAAAGUGCCAUAAAAAUGAUACUGCAGUUGUGUGGAAAGAAGUGGUGCUCGCAGCUAUCGGAGAACAGUUCACCGAGGUUUUGGCUAAGGACGAUGAAAUUUGCGGGGUGACUGUGUCUAUCCGCGACAGGGAGGAUCUCAUUCAAAUUUGGAAUGUAAACGCUGACCUAGUAUCUAAAGCCUCGGUCAUACCCAGAGUUCACUCUCUAGUGCCUCACAUUAACUUCCUGGGAGAGUUUUACAAGUCUCAUAAGUCCAAUCACGCGUACGGGAGACGUUAAGUAUGCAACAACAUUGUGAUGAAGAUAUUGAAUCGUUAAACAUAUUAAAGAUAUAUAUAAGUACUGCGACAAUAACGAAUAUAUGUUUAUAUGAAUCUAUAAUGUUCGUAUUAUAGAAUAUGAACACAGUUACCUCUUCUAAAAAGUAUGAAGCACAAAGAGGAGAGGAAAAGAGUUUUCAUUACAUAUGUAUGUGUUUAACCCUUAACGAUCAUCACGCUUCAGUAAAGUAUUAAACGGUGGAUCAUCUGGGAUCAAAAUGACCCCAACGACUUUCAAUGACUGUCGCGCCCAAACUAUUGCUUGUUUUAAGUAAAAAAAAAAAGACUGAACAUUCUUCAAAUAGUAUAAAAUGUGAAUCAAUUUCAUGUUAUGUUAAAUUUUAAUUUAAAUGUAGAAAAAAAUAUGACCGAACCAAAAGAACUAACGUAAAGAAAAUUUAGCCGUAACUUUCAUUGGAGUCACACAGAUCCCACAGUGAUCGUUAAGGAUUAAAAAGUUUGUUAUUUGUGAAUUUUGUUUAAAUACGCAUUAUUCAAUGCGUUGUUUACACACUGGAUUCGAUAUCUUUUAGAAUCGAAUUGCUGUUGUAAUCGUUUUACAAACGCGAAAUAUAUUUUUAUAUUUACUA